AUGGAUAAACAUAGGUUGUCUCCAGAAUAUGAACAAGGUGUUGAUAAAUUCUCGAGAUAUGCCAUCGAUCAUAUUCGUGACAGUAUGGAUACAGAUGAGAUAGAUGAUGAAAUUGAGAUAUUAUGUCCGUGUAGGGAAUGCAUGAACACUGGUUCUCUGCCAGUGCAUAAAGUGAGAAUUCACCUGUAUGUUAGUGGCAUCAAUCGAAACUACAAGAAUUGGAUUUGGAAUAGGGAAGAGGUUACUGCUAAUUCUAGGUCGUGUACUUCAUAUGACGAUUUCCAAUAUGCGCAUGGUGACGAUGAGGAUGAAAUAAAGCUACCUGAAGAUGCUGCAUCCGCAAUAGAUAUGGUUCAGGCUGCACAUGAAGAGUUCACAGGGGAUCCAGAUAGUUUCCAAAAGUUGAUUGAAGAUGUAGAAAAACCACUUUACCCAAGUUGUUCUUUGUAUACAAAGGUAUCGACAUUGAUUAGGCUAUUCAACAUAAAAGCAAAAGGUGGUUGGUCCGAUAAGAGCUUCACAGAAUUACUCCGUGAAGUUAAAAGCAUGCUCCCACCAAAUAACAAGUUGCCUGAGUCUAUGUACGAAGAUAAGAAAACUCUUAAUGCAUUAGGGAUGGAAUAUGAGAAAAUACAUGCAUGUCCCAAUGAUUGCCUGCUUUUCAGAAAGGAUUAUAAAGAUGAUAAUACUUGCCGGACCUGCGGAGCUUCUAGAUGGAAGAAGGCGCCAUCUGGUACGAGUAAAGGGGUGCCUGAGAAAGUGAUGUGGUAUUUUUCACCUAUUCCUAGAUUUCGAAGGAUGUUUCGGUCACCAAAGACAUCAAAACACCUGAUAUAUCAUAGCCUCCCAAGAGUUGAAGAUGGUAAACUUCGUCAUCCAGUCGACUCCCCGACAUGGAAACUAGUUGACAAUAAAUGGCCAGAGUUCGCUAAAGAACCACGAAAUCUGAGGUUAGCUCUUUCUACAGAUGGGUUCAAUCCAAAUAUUUCUGUUGGUGGCAAUUAUAGUUGUUGGCCGGUAAUGUUGGCUAUUUAUAACUUUCCACUGAAAUUGUGCAUGAAAAGGAAAUUUAUUAUGCUGACGAUGUUGAUAUCUGGUCCUAAACAUCCCGGAAACGAUAUAGAUGUUUAUUUGGCCCCUCUUAUAGAGGAUCUAAAGAAAUUAUGGGAUGAAGGUGUGGAAGUUUAUGAUUCCUAUAAGGAGGAGAACUUCAAUCUCAAAGCUGUACUUCUUUGGACGAUCAGUGACUUCCCCGCAUACGCUAAUCUUUCGGGUUUCCCUAAAGGAGGAUAUAAUGCUUGUCCAAUUUGUGCUGAACGUACUUCUUCCAUCAGGCUCAAAUACUCCGGGAAAAAUGUUUAUCAAAGUCAUAUGAAAUUUCUUCCCAGAAAACACAAGUUUAGAUUGGAUAAAAAUGCUUUUCAUGGGCAGCAAGAGUUAGGUACAGCUCCAAAACCUUACGACGGUGAAGAAGUUCUUAGGCAGGUUGAAGGCAUUCAGAACGUAUGGGGUAAGACAACGAAAUCUAAACCCGUCUAUUGGAAGAAGAAGUCAAUUUUCUUUGAACUAGCAUACUGGAAGUACCUGCUUGUCCGACAUUGUCUAGAUGUCAUGCACACGGAGAAAAACAUAGGAGAGAGUAUUGUUGGGACGUUACUAAACGUACCUAAGAAAACAAAAGAUGAUUAUAAUGCUCGAAAAGACCUUGAGGAUUUAGGAAUGAGGCCUGAAUUGGCACCUAAAGAGAAUGGAAAAAAGGCGUACCUUCCACCGGCAUGUUUCACAUUGACAAAGGAGGAAAAGAUUAAGCUCUGUAAAACAUUGUCUGAAUUGAAGGUCCCAGAAGGUUAUUGUUCGAAUUUUAAAAACCGGGUAUCGAUGACAGAUUUAAAGUUGUACGGUCUAAAAUCGCAUGACUAUCACAUGCUUAUGCAACAAUUUCUUUCGUUAGCUAUAAGGUCCAUUUUGCCUGAGCAUGUUUUGAAAGGCUAUGUUCGAAAUCGGAACCGUAUAGAAGGUUGCAUAGCUGAGGGUUAUAUUGCAGAAGAGGCGGUUGAGUUUUGCACUGAAUACUUAAAAAAUGUUGUAACUAUUGGUAUUCCUAUAGUUGGUACUGCAACAACGACCGAAAUUUUUGGUGGCACGAGCCUUCUUUCUGACGGGAAGACAUUAUCAAAGAGCACGUUUGAUGAUCUUGAUGUUAAUGGACCAGUGAUGCGGCAGGCACACCAAACCGUACUAAAUAACACAGAAGUCGUGGAACCCUACUUUGAGUAA